UUUCAUAUAGAGUGAUUUGACUGUUAUUCAUAAAAUAGUACCCAAUGAUAUUAAUUUAUUUUUUUAAAUAAUAGUGUUUUUAUAAUAUUAAGUGUCUUUUAAAUUGAGUGCGCGCCCUUUAAGAGAAGAUUACCAGCAAGUGUAAUUUCAAAUAAAAUAUUCAAGCAACUAUGAGAAAAAAUUAAUUUAAUUGUCCAACUGAAUUUUUAUAAGUUAUGUGUCAAGUUCAAGGAUAUUCUCAAAUAAAUUCUUAAUGCUCUGAUAAUCGCAAGUAAAGGUUCAAUAACCAGAAAGAAAUCAAAAGAUGAGGAUCCAGGGAAUUACGAUUUUUAUCGUACUUUUUGGAUUGACCUACUGCGAGAAGGAAAAUAAUGCAGAUGCUUCAGAAGCAUUCAUGGAAGCUGCUCGGGCCUUAUUUUCAGGCUCUAAUAAUGAUGCUAUUGGUGGUUUCCAGGGUGUGGCGAACGCGUUUAUGCAGUCAGAUGCUGGAAAACAAGUCGGUGAUAUACUAGGAAACGAAAAAUCAAAAAAUGACGCAGUAGGUGAGAUUCUUUCUGGAAUAGGACACCUUCUAUCUGGAAACAAACAAGACGGAGGAGUUGAUUUAAAUUCGAUUCUCCAAACAGUAUCUUCGUCAAUGAAUGAUAAGGAACACACGAACGAAAUUCAUAAGGACGAAUCUACAAUGAAUUUCGAGUCUAUAUUAAAUGUUGCAAAUAUGUUUAUCAGUCAAGGAAGCAAUGCAGAUGGACUAAUGGGGAUUUUUCCCAUGGUCUUGGAUUCUCUUUCCUCAGAUAACUCCUAUGAUAAUAAAAAAAAGCACGAUCACUCUGACCAUUCUUGGUGGGUACCACCAAUUUUAGAGAACUUUCAUAUCAUGUGGGAUCACUUCAGUAAUUCUGAAUUAGGUCGAACAUUGUGGAAAAAUAGUGGAUUGGCAAAUAUAGUCGGUCAAAUGACAGAUUCUAAGGGUCAUCUACAAUAUGAGAGGAUUUUGGACAGUUUCGAAAAUCCACAAUUGCGAAGACGAUGGGUGAAAUCAUUUACGAAUUUCGUUGCCGAGUCAAUUUCUCACGUUGCAGAUCCAGUAACACAGCAGCGAUACCUAGGAACAAUCCAAUUUGUAGGAAAUACCUUUCUUAAAUCUCAAGGCUUUCCAAAGUCAGUAAUGUUCGAGCCUUCUAGGCCAGCUGAAAGUCUUUCAAGAUUAAUAAAUGCAGUAGCUAAAAGACAUUUACAUAUGAAUGUUGAUAGCAGUCAAUAUAUAAAACCAGCCGUUGCUUAUGUUCAAGAACUGACGAACCUUGCUUCAGAAAAAGGAUUUAUCGUUUCACGAAUAAACGCUAGAGAACUGAGUAAUAAACUCAGCAACACAAUCAACAAUGACAUAAUUGGUCCUUUGCUAAAAGCGUAUCGAGGUUAUAAAUGGGCUACAAAAAUGCCACACUGUGCCACUCAUAUUCUUUGUACUAUUAACAACAACAGUGAAGAUGAUGGUAAUAACUCUCAAAUGCGAAGUCAAAUAACAAAAGUCGCUAGCUUUCCAGCAGCUUGGGCAAUUAGUAAUAGAGCCAGUGUUAAUUUCUGGUCGCUUUACGGAUCCAUAGUGGAAAAUAAAAAUUGCGCUGAAAAGUACCCUGUCGACUGUUCAGCAUUCCAUGAAGAGGAGCUCCGAGUGACAACAGAAUAUUCUCAUAAUGAGCUUUAAAUGAAUUGUAAAAAGUUUACUUGAAAUGUGAAAGACUGUCAUUUAAUAAUCAUCAAGUGUUUGUGAUCAACUAAUUGCGAACACUAAAAUGAAUUCCCGAUUUUACCUCGAACUUUUAGACAAUUUAAUAUACCUUAUAGUUCUGUAGAAAAUUAAAACUGAAAAAGCGGGAGAGUAACUCUGCUGGAGAUCGAAAGCCUGGACUAUAUUCCUUGAAUUUCGAACUAAUGUCAAUACAGUAAAUUUUCAAGAAAACGCUGAGUGAGGUAACCUUACUGAUGACUGACAAUAUUAGUUUGUAAAUAAUUAAGGGAAAAUUUAAAAUGUUUAAAUAUAACAGAAAGGGUAAAUAUCUGGAUUUCAAUGGAAGAGAUAUCAACCGGUAAUUUAUAGGCCCUGGGUUACGCAGUAACUCAAGCAGAGUCAAUCCUUCAUUUUUGUAUUAGAUUUAAUUUUUCAAAUUGAAUAGUUUGGAUUUAAAUACUGUUAUCCAUAAAUUUAAAACAUAAGUUGAUUCAGUAGACUCUCAAGAUCACCGUUAAUUGACGGUUUAGAUUAAUUAGUAAGUACUAAUUAAUAAGAUUUAUUUGUGAAUAACUUCGGUAAGAUUUAAAAUAUUAUCAUUCUUAGCUGAAUUACGAAAGGACCUCGCACAAAAAGUACACAAUUUAGUUCCCGGUCAAAUUUGUUUUGAAUUUCAGAUUUAUGUUUGAGUUAAAGUAAUUUGGAACAAAUAUAACCAAUAAAUAUUAACAAAUUUGAUCGGGAACCAAUUUAUGUACUUUUUAUGCGUUGUUCUUUGUCCUGAUUUUUAAUUUAUAUAGUCUCUAGCUACAGAAAGCACAAAUCUCAUAAAUAUUUGUCAAAAUACGAGGUAAAAAAAUAUAUACUUCAUUAAAAUUUAAAUAAAAAAAAUAAUUGAAAAGUAAUAUAACAAGCGUAGUAAAUCUAUUUUUGAGAAAAUUUUUAAAUACGAUUUUUAUUUAAAAUAAAUUAUAUUGUCUAAGAAGUCAAGUUUAGAAAAAUAAUUUUUAAACAGAUUUAUUUGUUGUAAACUUGCUCAAUUACAAUGGACGGAAGUCAAAUGACUACUUCGGCAUAACGUGGUGCCGAUAAUAAAUAUAAAUAUAAGAUAAUCGUAGAAUUUUUUGUACAUAUUAGACAAAAUAAAAGUGUACAUGAAAGUA